AUGCCCCCUUCCACGUCCCCAGCCCCCGCCUCGCCCACCUCCCCUCAACCCGACACCACGGUCCUCAAACCCACCAACUCCGGCGUCAAGAAGCCCGCUUCCAAGAAGAAAGCCAAGAACGACGGCGGCCGGCACACGCAAAAGGCGAAGCUGGCGCUGCGCAAGAUGCACGUGUUCUUCAAGGCUCACCGCGAUGACGACGAGUGUAAGGGGUUGUCGUACGUCGAGCAGCAGAAGGUGCUGGGUAAGCUUUGGAAGGUUUCGCCUGAGAAUCCGAAGAAUGGCGGGCUCUGA